AUGCCAUCAUCUCUCACAUCGGCGCUCGUCGCCCUCUUUGCCUCGGCGCUCGCGAUAGCACCCACCACUCUGGCGCAAGCCACCCUCAACCCAGCGGCCAGCGUCGCAAAUGCUGGCUCCGUCGUCUCCAACACCAUCAACCCCUCCUUUGCUGGCUUCGGCAUCGAGCCAACAGAUCUCUACGUCUUCACCGGCACAACUUCCCCUAAUCAGCUCACCUUCAACCUUCUCUCCAACCUCGCCAACUACACGGGCGCUCCACCCCACAUUCGAAUCGGUGGAAAUGCUGGCGACACCAUGCUCUUCGAUAGCUCUGUCACCAGCUACACCUUCCAGCAAAACCCUAAUCCUGUCGGUCAGGGCAACGCAAGGCCUUCCGACUACUAUCUCUUCGGUCCCAACUACUUCAGAGUCAUGGAUUACUUCCCCGCAGGCACUCCCGUCACCUAUGGCCUCAACCUCGCUUACCAAGGUUCCGACGCUCUCGAACGCAUCGUCGAGCAGGCCGCCGCCGCCUUCGACUACAUUGGCACCGAUGACAACAACGGCGCCAAGCUCUACAGUCUCGAGAUUGGAAACGAGCCAGAUCUGUACAUCGAUCUCGGUUACCGUUCCCAGAGUUGGAGCCCCACCGACUUUGGUAACGAGUGGGCCUCCCGUGCUGAGGCCGUCUACAACCAGACCUUGAAGUCGCGCGGUAUAGCCUCCAACUUCUUCGAGGUAGCUGCCACUGCCACCACUGCCUCCAAGAAUGGCCAGCCUUUCCGUAUCGCCAACCUCGUCGGCAACACGCAAGGUGUCGCCGCCGACAAUGGUAUCUAUGUCGCCGGCUGGAAUCAGCACGACUACUUCUACUACAUCGGCGUCUCCCCCUUCAACCUCACCCUUUCCUACCUUCUCGAUCUCUCUCAGACCGUCAGCCAAUUCCGUGAAUGGGCCGGCCAGGUUGGUCAAGCCCAGGUUACGGGCAAGCCCUACUACCUUCGAGAGAUGGGAAGCGUCGGUCCCAACGGCCUUCCCGGCAUCAGCGAGACCUUUGGAAACGCCCUCUGGACCUUCAACUUCUUUUUCUAUGCUGCCAGCAUCCAGGUCGACAGUGUCCAGAUGCACAUCACCCAAUACUCGCAGGCUGCACCCUGGCAAAACACCUACAUGAACGGCAUGGGUCCCCACGUCCGACCCACCUACUACGCUUGGGCCGCGUGGGCCCAGAUCGUCGGCCCUACCUGCAACACCCGGAUUGCUCCUAUCUCCAUUGGCAAUCAGCCUAGCUCGUACAACAACCGUCUCGGUGCCUACGCCGUCUACCGCGGCACCACCCUCACCUCGGUCGUCAUGAUCAACACCCAGCUUUACUACUCGUACACGGGCAACCCGAGCUACCAGAACUUUGCGCUCAGCUUGCCAUCUCUUGCUGGCCAGACCGUCUACGUCUCCACGAUGUACGCUGAUGGAGUCGACUCGACCUCCAAUGUGCAGUGGAACGGCAUCAGCUACGAGCCAAGCAACGCUGGUGGACAGCCCACCGGUCAGCCUCGCACCGUCAACAGCACUCAGGCCACCAUGACGGUCGGAUCGGACGGCUCCCUCACUGUUCCCGUUCGCGACAGUCAGGUCGUGGUCAUUAGCACCGUCCAACUCGGCAGAGAAUCUGUCAACACGCAGAACUGCCAAAAUCUGGCAAGCACUGGAACGAGCGGUGGCGGCGGCGGCACCUCCACCGGUUCGGGCGGCGGAAGUGCGGCUCCUACUUUCAAGUCCACCACUGGUUUCAAGUCGGACAUGCCCCUCAGCAUGACCGCCAUCAUUGCGAUUGCUGCCGGUGGCGGUGCCUUCCUGCUGAUUCUGCUCGGCCUCUUCAUCUGGUGCUGCGUGCGUUCGUGCAGGAAGAGCAAGGCUCGCAAGGCACGUAAUGCCGCUCUCAUGAAGCCGCCCGCUCGCCACGACGACCACCCCUUGCUCGAUAGCAAUCACCCGGAUGACAGCAAUGUCUCGUAUCCUGCCUACCAGCGUUCGCCAGCGGCCCGACAUGGUUGGGACAGCCCCAUGACCAGCAACAGUCACAACCAUCAAGUGCAUCCCUCGCAGUCCUAUGCGCAGAUGACACCAGCGUUCGACUAUCAACCCGUUUCGUAUCAAUACAACUACCAGUCGCAGUCUUAUGGCCAUGCUCCUCCCACGCAUUCGGUCCCUCCCCAGCCGAUGCAUCAUCAAUACCUCCAGAAUCCGUACGCACAUCCACCACCGGGUAGCGCCUAUGGUCGCGCCCAAUGA